GCCUUAAAUGCUUUUCGGUUUUGUCACUGUUUCGUCUUCUUACAUUUCUUUUCUUUUCUUUUCCUACAAACGAAAUGAAAGAAUGGAGUCACAAUGGAGGGAGAAAAGGGUGUAUCCUGUAUUAGGCAUAUUCUUAUUACUCUCUCUUCUAUACUUCAACUUCAAUAACAACCUCAGCUUUCCAGCCCUUUUAUGGCAACCCAAUAUGGGUUUUGUCUCCACCAACUCCACACAAUUCAUCAUCAUCAGUGAUUAUGGUGAUAAAGAGCCAUCACCUCUCUAUGUUAACGGGUGGAACUCCUAUUGGUUGAUGGAGGAGAGCGUGUGGACCCCAUCAAGAUCCAAGGUUUCAAAGAUGCUUAAGAGAGGAGCUCAAAUGGGGUUGACUGUUUGCAGGACUUGGGCUUUCAGCGAUGGCAACGCUCCUAAUGCUUUGCAGCUCUCUCCUGGUGUCUUCAAUGAGAGGGUUUUCCAGGGAUUAGAUUAUGUGAUAGUUGAGGCAAGGAAGAAUCGCAUAAGGUUAAUCCUCAGUCUAGUGAACAAUCUGAAUGCAUUUGGUGGAAAAGCUCAGUAUGUGAGGUGGGCACAAGAAGCUGGAGUAAAUGUCUCUUCAUCAGACGAUUCAUUCUUUUCAAAUCCAACCAUUAAAGAAUAUUACAAAGCCUAUAUCAAGGCUAUUGUGAUGAGAAAGAACUCUAUAAGUAGAGUUAGAUAUUCUGAGGAACCAGCAAUUUUUGCAUGGGAGCUCAUGAAUGAGCCUCGGUGUGCAUCUAGUUCAUCAGCUUCUGUUCUUCAGGCAUGGAUAAUCGAGAUGGCCGCAUAUAUUAAAAGCUUGGACAAAAAACAUCUACUGACUGUCGGACUAGAGGGAUUUUAUGGCCUGAACACAACUAACAAAUCAGAAGUAAAUCCUGGGAAAUGGGCAGCCUUACUUGGAUCAGAUUUUAUACAGAAUUCAGCAGUUGACAACAUUGAUUUUGCUUCAGUUCAUGCUUACCCAGAUAGCUGGAUCCCAGAUGCUGAUUUUGAAGCAAAAGCAGAUUAUCUUUCUCUUUGGAUGGAUUCUCAUGUAAGUGAUGGAGACUUUGUGCUGAGGAAACCUGUUCUUUUUACAGAAGUGGGCUCUAUAUGGCAUGUAAAUAAGAAAGGAGCAAAUGACAGAGACAUUUUAUUGAAGAUUGUGUAUGAUAAAAUUUAUGAUUGGGCGAAAAAGAGGCAGGCUGGUGCAGGAGCCUUAAUUUGGCAAUUACUAGUUGAAGGAGUAGAGGAGUACAGCGACCAGUUUUCCAUAGUCCCAUGGGAUUAUCCUGCUACCUAUAAGUUGAUACAAGAACAAUCAUAUAGGCUACAAAAUCUUUCCAUUGCGAGCAGGAAGAAUACUGAGGUUCACCGGACAGAUCCUUGAUUCUAUAACUUGUAAAUGCGGCUUCAGACGGAAGGUUAAUACGACAUUGCUUAAGACAGGAAACCACAAGGAAAAAAGAGAAAUUGAUAACAAUUCAGGUGUCUGUUAAAUUCUUUCCAAAUUCAACGCCAGAAGUUAUAGCAUUACUUUAGGAUCUAAAGAUACUGAGUAUUGAAUUGCCUGUGCUUUUGCAACUGGCUGAGUUUUCUGGAAAUUGCUCUUCAAAUAUUGUAAAUGCUACGCAUAGUUUCUGCAGUUCAGAGCUUUUGUGCUGUACGAGAUCAUAUGUACUUGCUUAGAAUUCUUGUAAUUAUAUAGUUAUCCUGCUGAUUUUAUUUUUCA